AUGUUAUAUCCAUAUACCAAAGAAUCUAACUUAUUAGGAAUAGUCCAGGAUUUCGGUUAUAAUAAUGAAUUUGAUCCAUUGUCCUAUCGGUUGGACUGGGAAGACAAUAUUGCUGCCAACACAACCACAACCACCACCAACACCACCACUACUACUACUAAUAACAACCAAGUUUAUGGUGGCUUAUUCAUAACAACGGUACAUGAUACAGACGUCGAUACUGGUCGUGUUGGUGAUGGUGAUAACUUAAAAAUAGGAUUAAAAACCCCGCUAAGUAAUAUGAGCAACAACAAUUGUAGUAACAAUAUUAACAGUACACAAGAGUCUCCAUUUUUAUCCAACGAACUGUUAUUUUUGGAAAACCAUAUAAAUGACAAUACCGUUACUGCUGGCACAGUACCAAAGUUUCGAUAUCAGUCUAAUGUCCAUACUGAUACCCUGAAUAUCCAAAAUACUGAUUUAUUUUUUGGAAAUUGUAAAAAUAAUUUCAAUCCAACAACAGGUAUAGAAGAACCUGAUAUUUCUCCAAAUAACAGUAAUUUGGAUGUUAGCCAAAAUAAUAGUAAAAAUGAUUUAUUUAGUAGUGUACCUUCACCAACUUUAACCCCGUUGGACGUUAUUUCGAUAUGCAGUUUUCAUUCCAGUAAUCAAAAUAAUUCACCCAGUUAUAACAAGAACACUAACACUAAUAAAAACACACACGCCGAUAGCAAGCGUCUUAACGACAACUACACAAGUGGGGGUCUAAACGAACUGGAUAAUGAAUUUAUUUUCCAAUUCAAAGAUUUGGAAACUAGUUUUAGCGAUAUCACUUCAAAUAACAAUCCACUCUACAUCAAUGACACCAAUGACAAUAACAUACUUUUCUUAGAUAGUAGAAGCAAUACAACUGGCAGUGAUAGCCUAAAAUCACCAAAGUCCAUAUAUUCUCUAGAAUUAUCUCCUCCUAAUGCCAAUCGCAAAAAAAUUAGGAGGAAAAAAUCCAAAAAAAAAGCCACCGGUAACGUUAACAAUACCAACGAGACCUCUAAUGACACCAAGAGUAAAAGCGUCGGCACCAAGUCAAAAAAAAUUAUCUUUGGUGAUAAUGGAGCUUUCAAAAAAGUUUCCGACUCAAGAUUAUCAGCAGAAGGCUUAGCUCAAGUGUUGAAACUGAAAAGCGCAGAAGAAGCUAGAAAUAGGGAGAAAAUCAUUUUAAACAUAUUAGAAAAAGAUUUGCAUUUUCCAUUAGGUUACAAAACUUGGGUUAGAGACACUACCAAAGAAGAAAGAGAUUUUAUAUUGUCAGGCUUACAUAGUAAGUUGCAAUUAAUUUACCCGGAAUAUGAUAAGCCAAUUAUAGAAACUGUUAUUAGACGAGCUACCUACUAUAUGAUGCAGAGCAGAUUACGCAGAGAAAGGAGAGCUAAGCAAAAGCAGCGGUUAUUAUCUGAAAUUAGUGAUCAUGAUGACACUGAUGAUAAAAAAAUGAAGGAAAAUUAA